AUGGAAGAGGGCUACCAGGUAGCUCUCGCUUCCAUAGCAUCGGGUGCAACCUUCAGGCUAUACACAUUCUUGGCGUUGGCUGUAUUGGGGUGUCCUCUAUUUCUGAAGGUUGUCCAACGAAUUCUAGUGAGCCCUCUUCGAGAUGUACCAGGGCCCAAAAACGCUGCCUUAUUUCCAUGGACCAUCACUAUUGCUACUUUCAAGUGGCAGCGAGCACAGCUACAUAAAGACUAUGGGCCUUUAGUGCGUAUCGGCCCGAACGAGGUAUCAAUCAGUGAUUGGAGAUAUUACCGAGCCAUAUACUCCAGCAACAAAGCUUCGUCUAAAGAACCGACAUUUUAUCUUCCAAUUGUAUUCGUUGACCAACAUAACAUAUUCGCCAUGACAAACAAGGAAGAACAUGCGGCCCGUCGGAAGAUUUCAGCUUCACCCUAUUCGCUCCAGUCCAUGACUCGGCUGGAACCAAUGAUCAGAUCAAAGGCGGACAAUCUCGCAAAACGUCUUCUCGAGAUUUCGUCUUCAGCAACUACAGGCACCGUGAAUGCGUUUCUCAUGUGUGGCCUAUUCAGCCUCGAAGUGGUCUGCAAGGCAGGAUUCGGAAAGGACUUCCCGUUCGAGGACACUACAGAUCUCACUGAACUACUUGAGGCUAUGGAUGGCAGUGCAUUCACAUUCAUUCUUGAUGGACUUUUACCUUGGCUUAGGCCCACAGGCUUCGCCCAUAAGAUGCCUUUCGUCGGCGAGCCGUAUCAACGCCGACGCCAGUGGGAGCAGAAAAGCCGGGCGCUCCUACGUGAGUUUCUACAGCUCCCAGACAAAGACGACGGCUAUUUAAUUUCUCCAUACCUCUCAUCUGUGGAUGGCUUUCUUGGUAGAAAACUAAAUCAUGAAGAAUUUGUCGAGGAGGCAAUGGGAAUCAUGUUUGCCGGCAGUGGUACAACGUCCACCACGCUAACAUACCUCCUGUACGCCUUAUCGCGCCCCGGCUAUGAAGCUAUCCAAACACGUCUUCGUGCUGAGCUGGAGGACGGCGGAGAGAGUGUAUCAGAAUUACGGAAAUUGCCGUACCUCAACGCAGUCAUAAAGGAGACAUUUAGGUUGUAUCCCACCAUCAUCUCCUCGCUGCCUCGAGUUCUUAACGAACCGAUGAAAGUCCAUGAUAUCGACCUCCCUGUUGGCACGGUUGUCAACAUGCAGAAUUUCGUUCACCAUCGCGAUCCAGCAGUUUUCCCGGACCCAGAGUUGUUCAAUCCCGAACGUUGGCUUAACCCUCAUGCGGAUAUGGAAUCGGCAUUAACCCCAUUCAGUUUGGGUAGGAGAGCUUGCAUUGGAUUGAACUUGGCAUGGGAUGAGCUUUACAUAGCUGUUUCCUCUGUAUUCCGAAACCUGGAGUUGCGGCUUGGAGAGGAAAUGACUGAGGCGGAUAUGGAACUGGAGGAUCGUUUUAAUAUUGCACCUGUUGGCCAUAAGCUUAUGCUUAAGGUUUCUAAGGCUAAGAAUUUAUCAUGA